AUCAUACAAGUAUUAUGGUGCACAAUUAUUUUGCAAUGCAUGGCUCUAAAUCAGUGCAAGCAUUAUUAUUGGCCAUUGUAGUAAUUGGCGUGUCUAUGAUGCAUCCAUGUAAAAGUUUGAGUACUAGUAGUACUUCACCAUCCUUAUGUGAGUUCCCGGCCAUCUUCAACUUUGGAGACUCAAACUCCGACACUGGAGGCAGGUCGGCCGCGUUUGGCCAGAUAGGACCACCUCAUGGUCAGACCUUCUUCCAUGCCCCUGCCGGAAGAUACUCCGAUGGACGUCACAUUAUUGAUUUUAUAGCUAAAAGCUUUGGACUUCCAUAUCUCAACGGGUUCCUUGAUUCAGUUGGAUCCAACUUUAGCCAUGGAGCCAACUUUGCUACGGCAGGGUCUACUAUUAGACCUCAGACCACCAUUUAUUAUAGCCCAUUUUCUCUUAAAAUUCAGUCUAAUCAAUUUUAUGAUUUCCAUCAACGCUCUCAGAUCUUUCGUGAUAAAGAAGAUAUUUUCAAGAAAUUAUUGCCGAAGGCAGAGUAUUUCUCGGAAGCUCUUUACACAUUCGAUAUUGGCCAAAAUGAUUUGGUGGCUAGUUAUUUUCCAAAUAUGUCAAUUGAUCAAGUCAAGGAAACCAUACCCGACAUGUUGGAUCAAUUCAAGACAUAUGCCAAGUCCAUAUACAAGCAAGGAGCAAGGUACUUUUGGAUACACAAUACGGGCCCACUAGGAUGCCUACCGUAUGUGCUGGAUGGCCUCCCACUUACCACCCAAAUGGACCCAACUGGAUGUGCAAUCCCUAUUAAUGAAUUGGCCCAAUACUUUAACUUUGGGCUUAAGAAAGCUGUGGCCCAACUCAGAGAAGACAUGCCAUUAGCCUCAAUCACAUACGUUGAUGUCUACUCAAUUAAGUAUGACCUCAUUAGCAAUGCUAACAAAUAUGGUUUUAUAUAUCCAUUAAAAGCAUGUUGUGGACAAGGAGGAAAAUAUAACUAUGACUCACAUAAAGGUUGUGGAGCAAGGUUUAUGGAUCAUGGUAAAGAAAUUUUAGUUGGAGCUUGCAACAAUCCACUAGUCAAGAUCAAUUGGGAUGGAGCUCACUACACCGAUGCGGCUAACAAAUGGGUCUUUGAUCGUUUAGCUGAUGGAUUAUAUUCGGAUCCGCCUAUUUCAUUGAAAAGGGCCUGCUACAAGUACUAACGGAUCAUAUUUGGGUUUGUUAUAAAAGUAUAAUAACUUCAUACUAGGUACAUUUGGUUCAUCAACGUAAUAAAUAGAACCUUCAGGUUAGAGUGUUGAUAUGAAAAA